CGUUUGUAAUUUUUUUGUAAUUUACUUUUAGGGCAAUUUAGGGUUAUUUUUAAUUUUAGGGCAUUACAGUUGAUUUAAUUAUAUGUUACUUUGUCUCGAGAAAAAUAAAUCACCUUAUUAUUAGCCCUAUUAUAUUUUUUUUUCAAAACAAAAUGUGGAUUUUAAAGCUGGAUACAAAUUUAUAGCGGCAAAGUGGCGGGUUGUGAGCACGGAGCUAGCGGCGCAGCCUCCGGGGGUGGGCGGACGGCCGACACCAUACGCCGCGUGAAGGUGAAGAUGUCAUCGGUGUCUGCACAGGGCGUCGUGGAGCGCGCCUCCGCAGAACUAUCGCGACGCAUCACCGGCCUCGGACUUCGUGGCAGGAAGAGAUCACCUGGCGUUGUCGAACGAGUUGCAAACGCACUAUGCGGUCCCGCCACCUCCGCCCCCAGAAUACCGCGCAGACGCCGACCCGCACCUCGGCCGCUUGUUUGGAGUCAGUUUAUUUUAGAAGAAAGAUUUCUUGAAAAAUUUUUCCUUUACUUUAAUUCUAAUGAUAGGAGAACGCUUGCUCAAGUUUGCACUAAAUGGAGAGAUAUUCUAUAUUCCUCUACCCGCUGGUGGUCGGGUCUUGUGGCAGUUGUAGAUUUUCGUGAAAGUAGAUCAGAAUCAGAAUGUUGCAUGCAAAGGUUUUAUAAUUCAAUUGUUAGAAGAGGUAUUCGUGGUUUGGUUCUCAUAGCUGCUUCAGAUGAUGACAUCAAUGAGUUCAUUAGAAUAUUUCCACUAUCAGCUAACCAUGUAAAUGCUUUAAGCUUGAAGGGCUGUACAGUAACAGACAGAGGCUUAGAAUCUAUUCUGGAUCAUUUAGAGGUUCUUUUUGAACUUGAAUUAACUGGCUGUAAUGAAAUAACAGAAGCUGGUAUAUGGGCAUGUUUAACACCAAGGAUUGUUUCACUCACACUUACUGAUUGUAUUAAUAUUGCUGAUGAAGCUGUUGGGGCCGUGGCACAACUCUUACCAUCUCUAUAUGAGUUCUCAUUACAAGCAUAUCAUGUCACCGAUGCAGCACUGGGUUACUUCUCACAAAAGCAAAGUGCAUCAUUAAGUAUAUUGCGCUUACAUAGUUGUUGGGAGCUCACUAACCAUGGAGUUGUUAAUAUAGUGCACUCGCUGCCCAACCUUACUGUGCUAUCAUUGAGUGGGUGCAGCAAAGUAACCGAUGAAGGAGUGGAACUAGUGGCGGAAAACUUGCCUCGUCUUCGUAGUCUGGACCUUAGCUGGUGUCCUCGAGUUACUGAUAAUGCCUUGGAGUAUAUUGCCUGUGAUCUCAAUCAACUUGAAGAGUUAACACUUGACAGGUGCGUGCACAUAACGGACAUCGGCGUGGGUUACGUGAGCACGAUGCAGUCGCUGGUGGCGCUGUGGCUGCGCUGGUGCUCGCAGCUGCGCGACUUCGGCGUGCAGCAUCUGUGCGGCAUGCGCGCGCUGCAGCUGCUCUCGCUGGCCGGGUGUCCAUUGCUAACCUCCGGUGGAUUGUCGAGUCUGAUCCAACUGCGACAACUGCGCGAACUCGAGCUCACAAACUGUCCGGGGGCUUCGCCUGAACUGUUCGACUAUUUGCAUGAACACCUGCCGCGAUGCGUCAUCAUUGAGUAACUUACCAUUCGCUUGUGGCCAGGGAAACAUUGUGAAAACUACGGCUGAAUUUCGCGACUAAAAACUCAGUUAUGCACCGUCGAAAGUCAAGUGAAACAAACAAUUACUCUGGAAAAAUGGACUAAGCAAUUGCAGCAUUCGGUUUGCGAAAUCCCGCCCGAAAUUUUCUAUAAUAGCCAUCCCAGCCAAAAGUACAAUUUGUAUUUAAUAUAUUGAUUACAUUACCAGAUUUACACUUUAUGCUGAAAUGUUAUAGUCAAUUCAUAGAGUUUGUGCAAUAUGCCUGUAAUUAUAUUCAAAUAUAAGACUAAACAGAAUCUCGAAUGAUAUAACGACUAUUUUCGAUAUUAUAUUUUAUAAGCUUCGUUAUUACUACGCUGUGCUGAUAAUUAUUUCUCUUAAAGAAAAAUAUGCGCAACUCAAAAGUAUUAUUAAAGUAAUGGGCGGUCCAAUUUUGUUUACGACGCAUACUACCUUUGUAAGUUGUCAAAUAAGCUUUUUUUAAUUAAGUAUACAUAUUUUGUAUAUUAUAAUCCUAGCAAAAUCUGAUUUAUUUUACUGCAAUAUUUUCGUAAACUCACAAAUUUACUAUUACAGUAAUAUUUGUUUGCUCAAGUUUCUCUCAAAUACAUUUUAUUUGAAAUCAUUAAUACUCCAUGAAUAAUUUCGUUGCUAUAUCCAUAUUUCUGGAUUUUUCGUAAAACUUUUAUCUUUUUAUACAUUAUGCGCAUCUAUUGCUGCUGAAUUUAUAUUAUACUUAUUGGAGUAUAUACAAAGAUUAUUUGAAUCUUUCAUCGAUAAAUAUUAAUAUAAAGUUCAUGAAUACCUUACCCUACUCUGUAAACAAUAUGUUUGGUUAUAGAAACAUUGAACUAUAACGUCUAUUCUAUUUUACUUGAAAAGAUAAUAAUUUAGAACGACGCCCUUUUAUUAACAUCUUUUACGCUUUAAAAUUUAAUUGAAUCAAAGUCUAGUCAAUGCAUUUUUAAUAUAAGUUUGUAUUUGUUUUAUAUGAUUUUUACUUUUAUUUUUACGAUUUUAUUACUAUACCGUCCGAAUCUUAUGUACAAGUGUGUGUGUUUGUGUGUGUGAAUUACACGUAAAGAGAAAAUAUGUAAAUUUACCAUAAUAUAAUGUAUUUACAUACUCAUAAAUAUAAAAGCGAAAAUAUUAGUUAAACGAAAAAUGCUUCUCGUCAUUAUUGUAUUGAUUACAAUUAUAAAUACAAACCAACAUUUUAAAGCCUUUUUAUUUUAUGUGGAAUAAUAGUAUGCAAACUAUGCAAAUUAUUCUUAAUUUUGUAUCAUUUUAUUAAAAAUCUUAAUAUUAAUAAAAAUUAUAUAGAUUUCAUUAAAUAACGAAUUUCUGGAGCAAUAUUACCAGAUAAAAACUUAAUUGUAGUAGAUAGAUGAUAAAGUUGUAUAUUAGUAUAUACAAUGAAGUUUAGCUAAUGCAAUAAAUAGAAUGAUAGUUGGAAAUUGAAGUCGAGGUACAUAAAUUAUAACAAACACAGCAUUACGAGUGUUUUUAUUACACAUAAUAUAUUGUAGUAUACAUUAGAGUAGAAGUUUCAAGAAUUGCUAUAAUUAUUUUGAAAACCUCACAUCCUUUCCUCUUUAGAAUUUAGAUGUGAGAGUCUAAUUUUGUUAUUAUUUUAGAUGUAGAUUGACCAUUAUGUAUAUAGUUGUUCCGGAUAUAACAUUAUUAGACUGUCUAUUAAAAUUAUCUCAUAAUAGAUAUUGCAUUGUUGAGAGACGUAUGUUAUUUGUACCUUUAUGAAAAUGGUUGUAAUUAAACUAUUUAAGCAAUACUAUGUAAUUCUUCUCUAUUUAAAUAGUAUUCGCCUACAGAUGCUAAAUCACAGUCUAAUAAAAUGUUCUGUGAUUUUUUCAAAACAAGUAUUUGGCUUGUCUUUUUUGCAUAACUUAUAUUGUCUUCACUGUGUGUGUUAAAUCUAUAUUUUUGUAUGUGUGGUAGAAAUUAAUUAGACAUAUAAUGAUUCAGGUCUUUUAUUUAUUUGUAAAAUUAUGCGUGCCAUUAUCACUUAUUCUGGUCGAUUGUUUAGCCCUUGUUACAAAACACCCACCUAUAUAUAUAUUUGUGUAAUGGUUUGUGUUGCAGUGUAAUUAAGUACUAUAAUUUUGUGUUUGUAUGAUUUCUGUAUAAUAUUAUAAUUUAUAGUCACCUUUUAUUUGUAUAAUACAAAGUGAGAUGUUAUAGUGCAAUAUAGAUGUACUGUUUUA